AUGAAGUAUUCAUACGUUCUCCUGGCUACCGCCAGCCUCGCCGCAGCCCAGCAAAAGUUCACAGACGUCGUUCCCAAGUGCUCUAUCGAGUGCCUGACAAAGGCCGUAAAGGACGGCACCAAGUGCAGCAGCAUCGACGACUCUGCCUGUAUUUGCGAGGCGGACAACUACCGCAGCAUCUACACCGUCGGCGUCAACUGCGUGCUUCAAGCCUGCGGCUCCGACGUUGCUAUUGGUCAGCUCCUCCCCGCCGCUGGCAAGUUCUGCCGCGAGGUCACUGGGGGCGCCUCCGCUCCCCCCGUCGACUCUGCCUCCGCAUCCGCAUCCGCCGUCGUUUCCUCUGCUAUCGCCUCUCUGUCAUCUGCCGCCGCUUCCGCAUCUACUGCUGCUUCCAACGCGACUGCCUCCGUAUCGAUCACCGCUACACCGACCGCCGGCGCUAGCAGCACGGCUGCUGCGGCUACCACUGCUUCUCAGGCUGGUGCUGCUCCUGCCUUGGCUUCUAUGGGUGCCCUUGGCAUGCUUGCUCUCGGUGGCCUUGCUGCUUUCUAG